CUACGUAGCUCAUAUAUUCUUCAAGUUCUACCAUUAUUAACUGUGAAUGCAGGGUUGACAGUUAGCACGAUUAGGCGAAGUGUAAAAAUAUGCUGUAUUUUUGUAAAGUUUAUCUAAUUUGUCUCCAAUUCGCCCAUAUUAAAUUUAGGGGAAAAAUAAUAAAUUAUAUAUUGAUUCAAAUUUGUCUGUUAUCUUUCUAUAUAGACUUAAGAAAAAUUAUCAUUUUUAAUUUUUACUACUUAAAUUUUAUAAAAUUUCAAGAACACUAAAUACAAAUAAUUCAUAUGGAAUAAAUAUUUUUGGAAAAAAUUUAAUUUUUAUUAUACCAAUAUAAAUAGAUCUUUUUAGUUUAAGGUUAACCUAUCUACAGAAAAUAUAUGCUCACUAGGAGAGCUUGUAGAUGAAACUAAUAUUAUUAUUUUUUGGCUUAAAUGAAAAGCAUAGGAAGAUUCAAUAUUUUAUUUUUCGAAAAGGGUCUACCAUUAUAUAAAUUGGUAUCACGUCAAAUCGGCGCAGCGUCAAUUCAGCGCGGCGUCUAUUCCGCGCAGUGUUAAACAUAAACUUAUAAAUUGAAGCUAAAUAACUUAAUUUUGGUUAAUUUAAUAAACAUUUAGACAUAAAUAAAUAAGAAUCCUAAGGAGAGAUUAUGAUUUUUGAAUUUUUUUUUAUUAACUGCCAUAAGAGACGUGUAUGGUUUAGCAAGCCGGUCUAGCUCUAAAUUGACUAAUCAUGGUUGAAGUAAUAUCUAGAUAUAAUAAAUACUCAUAAAACUUUCCCAAAUUAUAGUAGAGUAUUUAAACUUUGCUAAGAAUUAAUUUACAUAAAAAUGAUUAUAUAUUUUAAUUGAAAUUAAAAUUCUGUCAUGUAAAAAGUUUUUGAAAAAUUCAUAAAUAUUUUAUUUUUUAUAUAAAUUUGGUAAUAAUUAAAUAAAAUAUUUCAACAGAUUUAUUGUCUAUAGAUGUAAACUAAUAAAAACUAUAUAAGGAUACAAUUUUAACCUUAUUAAGUGGUAUGCCAAGCCCCGGGAUUUAUAUAACCCCAGUCUAAUCUAUUAUGAUUUGUAGCCAUUAUUAUAUAAGCCUGGAUGCGGAUAGUUGUAAGAAAGGUUUGGACCUCUAUCAAACAAAAUAUUUUGGCUAAAAUUUUAAUCAACCGUUUUUAAAAAUAGACCCAAAUCGGCCCGGUGCCAAGACCAAUUUUUUAUAUUAUAAAAACGAAUUAACGCGCAAUUUAUUUAUAUUAUGGCUGUUGAAAUUAUAAAAUUUACUAAUUGAAAAUGAUAUUAUAAAAGUUUAAAAAAACAUUAUACCUUUUUGAUAAAAACGAUAAGAUAGUAAACCAACAUUAUGUUUAAUAUUAAAUCCCCCUUUUCCCGUCUAAUUUUAGACAACAUAUAUUUCUAAUAUCCCACCCGAGAUCAAGCUAGGUGUAUCGGGAUAUAGCUUAAAAUAUUAUAUUAAUUGUAUCUGACUAUUUAAAUCGCCGAUUAAUGAUUAUUUAAGGGGGAUCGCAUAUAAUUUUAAUUUGCAAUUAAUGUUAAUUAUUUAGCAUGUUUUAUAUAGUAUAUUUAUAUUUUCUAUAGUUGAUUUAUAUAAAAAUAAAAAAAUGUUGGUAAAUUCGUUUUUUAUUAUUUUAUAAUAGGAAAAAUUAGCCUAAGCAUACUUUAUAUUUUUUUAAAUGAUUAAUAGAAAUAUUUUUUAGAUUUUUAAUAAAUCUAAAAUGAGUCAGUCUUAAUUUUAAUUUUAUUGGAUCAACAUUAGUGUUCUUAAACGGCCGAUUUGGGUCUACUUUUAAAAACGGUCGAUUAAGAUUUUGGCCAUAAUAAUAUGUAAGAUUCGAGAUGGAAGUCCAAAAUUUUCCUACUGCGCAAAAUAUUCAGGCUUACAUAAUAUUGGCUAAUAAUCAAAAUACCUUAUAAUGUGGUAAAUUGGUCCAGCAAGGAAGUGGUUAUAAAUAUUGGUUAUUAAUUUUUUUAAAAUAUUAUUAAAUUUUUAAUUGAUAUCACACAUUUAGUAAAUAAAAGAUAUUUGUAAAAAAAAUGAAGAAAUAAUUAAUAGGACCAACAUUUAAAAUGACUUCUAUUUAAUGAUCCUUUUUUUAUACCAAUAAAUUUAUAAUAAAUUGCAACUGUAAUAUAUAAGCGCCGAAUUGUCGCCGCGCUAAAGUGAUUAUGACUAUGGGCCAAACUGACGUGGAACCAUAUAAAUUAGGAAAUUUAAAGGGGAAAAUAAAAAAUACCUUUAUUGUUCUUUAUUCAUUAUAAUAUCGUUUUACGUAGCACAAUUAGAUGAAUGUAUAAUUCUUUGCUUAUGUUUAUAUACAAUAAACGUAUGAUUCACAUUAGAAAUUGGUUCAUCUGAUUGUAUAAUAACAGGAAUAUUUAACCUUAUAAUAAAUGAUCAAUAUAAAUGAAACCUUUAUAAAUAUUGAAUUAUUGAAAAUAACAUAUUAAUUUUGGAUAAAUAUAACCCCGGCCUGAAUAUUUAAAAAAAAUUUAAGGCGCUGUCCUUGUAUAUUACAAAAAAUAAAAUAAGGCCCGACUCGUGUACCCGGACCGGACUUAGGCUUGGGCCUACAUCUCUGAUUUAAAUAUAAAUACAAUUAAUAUAAACAAUUUUUAUAUUUAAAUAGGAAAUUACUCUGCAAAGAAUGUAAAAAAGUUAUCAAUUCUGACGCAUGUAUUUGCAAGACCUGUGAUACAUGGGUUCAUAAGUGUUGCCUCAGUGUACCUGAUAAAUCUUAUAGAACUUGGGCUUUAUUACAAGCACCAUAUUUUUGCAGAUAUUGUUAUAAAAUAGAAGACUCAUUUAUGAGAUUAAAAAUAUCCCCUGAUGUAUCAACGUCUAACAAUGAAUUAGCCUUAAUUAGCAUGUACUACAAGCAUCCCUCUCGUGAAAAUGAUAAUCAAUAUGUAGGGAAAUUAGAUAAAAUUUCUAAAAAAUUGCUUGAAGCUUUUCGCCCGGAACUACUUAAAAGGUAUUCACCUAGGUCUUGCAUAGGAGAUGGAAACUGCUGCUAUAGAGCGCUUUCAUUGGCAAUUUAUGGUGAUGAAAUUCAUCAUUUAUAUAUAAGAUGCGUAACUGCCAUAGAAAUGAUAAUUUAUAAGUCAACAUACGAUAUAAAUUCUGCCCUAUAUAUAUUAAGCAAAAAAUACAAUGACCUAAAUAUUUGGGACACUAUUUAUGAUCAAUUAUUAAAGGACGUUUUGACGCCGAUUGAAGGGUGGGCCGAGAUGGCUCAUUUAUAUGCUGCAAGCGCAGCUUUACAGAUAGGAAUUGGGUCCUAUCACCUAAAUGAAAUGAUUGUUGCUCAUGAAACCAAAGAUAAUAAUCCAUAUAAUCGUGAGGUUUAUGGAAGAUCUGUACCUAUAUGGCAACCAGUGGGCAUUAAUAUUUUAUGGACAAAAACCUCAAUAGGGAUAAUGCUAUGUAAUCAUAUAAUAUAUCUGCAACCUGUAUGUAAGACAUAUAGGGUAAAGAAUGAUGAUAAAGAUAUUUUGGAUAUCGAAUGUGAUAAAUAUAUAUAUGACCAUACUUAUUAUGAUUUUCAAAAGUCUCCACCAACACUCUCUGAUGAUGGUUCAUAUAUUUCGAGCGAAGAAUUUGAUUUCUUAGGUAUAUAUCCAUUUAAAAAAAAUGAUAAUAAAACCGUGGUUAAAUCGAUACCAUAUAAUAUUACCCAUAAUUUGAAAACAUCACAAGCAAAUGAAUUUAAUGAAGAAAUAUUAAAAGAUUACUCAGAUAUUUCAGAUGAGGAUUUAUUGAAAAUAAUAAAAACAGAUAUAUUAGAUAUAUAUUAUAUAUCAUAUAUUUCACUUGAACAAUCUGUGAAGUAUAUAGAUAUUGUUCCAAUAUAUCCAUAUAAAGUCGAUUUGACAGAUAUAAAGGAUAUUAAAUCGGAAAGGAUAUACGAUGACUAUGAUUAUGAAUUGCCGUCACCAAGAUUGUGGAAUAAUAAAAGAAUAAUACAUUCCACGCCUAUAAAAGAUAAAAAUUUAGUGGCUUUUACCGCUAAUAUAUCCGAUAUUUUAAAUGAAGAUCUUGUGAAAUAUUCAGAUAUCCUUUCUAAAGGUUUACAUAAAAAAGAAGAAUUAUUAAAUAAGUCUUUUGAAGAUAUGAAGGUUAAUAAGCUAAUAAAGCAUGAUUCCCUAGAUGAUAACUGUAUUGAUAGUGUAAUAUACACUAAGAAUCAUUGUAAAGGAUUUACAUACAAUGAAUUAUUGAAUAUGUUAUUGAAACCAGAAAAUAUUCUAGAAUCAAUUCCACAAGGGACUAAAAAUAAUACUUUUUUUAUUGUAAACAAUAGUAUUAAUUUAAAAAUGAAUAAGGAUGGUUUAAAAAGUUGUUUCCCCGAUGAUUGUGGAGCAUGGACAGGUAAAAAAACGGGUGGUAGUAACCGUUAUUUUGAUUUAGAAAAUGGCGAAAGAAAAGGUCCAUAUAUAAUGAUAGAUAAAGUAUUUUACAUAUUAAGAAAAAUACAUAAUUCCAAUCAUAGAUGUACUAUAAACCCUCAACCUAAUUUAAAUAAUGUAGUUUGCUUAUGUCAAUAUAGUUGUACAUUAAAAAAGGAUCUAAAAUAUAGAAAAAAAAUAUCAUAUUUGAAGAUAUUGCAAGAUGAAAGUUCUUUGAAAAUAGAACCUACUUUUUUAGUAGAAUACAUAGGAAUAUAUCCUGGUAAACUGAGGCAUGGGAAUAGGAAAUAUGAGAAUAUUAUAUAUAUUCGUACGCCUCCUAGCGUUAUAAAGAAAAUUAAAAAGGUUGUUAUAGAUAAACCUACAAGAAAAAUUUACAAGGAAUUUAUAGUUUCAAAAGAUAUAUAUAAUAUACCAAGAAAUACAAAACAAAUAAGAAACUUAAAAUAUAACGAAUUGCACAAAAAUGAUACCGAUUAUAGUAGCAAUUUCGCAGAUCAAGUUCUGUUAAUUUUAAAUAAUAUAAAUGAUUAUCCGAUAAUCAAAAAUAUAUGUAUAAGACCUGAUAAAGUUAUAGCUAUAGUACUUUAUACUCGUUUAAUGCUUGAAAAUAUAAAAUUUUGUUGUACGGGAAAGCAACGAAGUAUUCUUAGCGUUGAUAAAACCUACAAUUUAAGCGAACUCUUUGUGACGCCUACUGUGUUCAAGCAUAUAGCUCUUUGUAAAACGGGGUUGAAAGAUAAAGUACAUCCAUUAUUUUUCGGUCCAAUAUUUUUGCACGGUAAUUCAGAUUACCGGACAUAUAAUAUAUUUUUUUCUGAGCUACAGGGUGUUUUUAAAAAGCACCAAAUUAAUGUGGAGAAUAUUAUUUUCGGAUCCGACGAAGAAUUUGCCAUGGUUUCGGCUUUACGUAAAAAUUUUAAUACUUCCAAACAUUUAUUAUGCACACUUCACAUGAGGAGAAAUUUGUCAAUCUCUUUGAAAAAUAGUCAAGGGGUCCCUAUGAGAUUAAGAGAAUAUAUAAGUAAUAUGAUUUUUGGUGAAAAUGGAAUAAUAUAUUCCACUGAUGACAUUAUGUUUAGAAAAAAAAUGUUAAAAUUUCGAAAUAUUUGCAUAGUUAAUAAAUAUGAUAAAUUUCUUAAGAAUAUGUUUAAAAGUUUCGAAAAAAAACUUUAUGAAUACGUGUAUAUACCUUUAAAGAACAAGUUUAUAUCACAAGUUUAUACUAAUAACAACAGUGAAUCAAUGAAUAGUGUCCUAAAGAUGAUGAUAAAAAAGGUUGUUCCUUUGCAUACAUUAAUAACCAUUAUAUCCGACCAAGUCUUUUACUAUGAAAAAGAAUUAGAACGAGCAGUAAUUGGACUAGGAGAUUAUUAUAUCGAUUCUGAUUUAAGUAAACAUGAUAGGGUAUCCCUUUUAAAAUUUAUAAAGGAAUCUACAGCUGAAGUAGGUUCAAAUAAUCAUAAAUCAACAACAAUCUCUAAAUAUAUUACAUCGUCAUAUGGUAAAAUAACGCUGAUGAGACCUAAAGGUUCGAAAAAACUAUCUCAAUUUAGAAGAUCUAGAAAAUUUAAAAAAAAAUUAUAAAGUUUAUUAAAUAAUAUGGCGUGAAGGAUCACGAAAAACAUAUGUGCUUUUGAUGGCGUGAUAGAUCAUGAGGAGAUAAAAUAAAUAAUUUAUGGCGAGAAAGGUCAUUAAAGCACUAAAAUGUCUUCUAUGACGAGAUCGAAUAUGGGACACCAAAUUAAUGCUUUUAUUGGGGAUAAAAACUAUGAGGAGACAAAGAUUUACAUAGUUUCGAUAUCUGUCGAUUGACCCUGGCAUUAUGGCAAUUAAAUCUUGAAAUGUGAUGAAGGCACGAUAUAUAUGUCCAUACCGAUAAAAGUCAUAGGGACAUAAAAUAAGUGAUUUGAAUGUGAAAAAAAUUAUGAGGGGAAAAAGGCCACCGUAGAUAGUUAUGUAGCACUGAUAAAUUAAUAUGGUACUAACGAUGAUGAAUGAUCGACAAAGAAUAUUAGAGGGAAUUGAUAUAUUAAUCUAAGCGUAAUUCGGAUCUACCUACCCGAGCUUCGAAUAAGACAAAAGGAUUUAUGCAUCGUAUGAAAAUUUCGUAUGGAGUUAAAAAGGUUCCCAGCAUGAUGAUCAAAACAACUUAUUAAAUAUUUUACUAUUUUAGUUAUGUAAUUUUUUGAAAAUUAAUGAAUGUAUAUUUUGUAAAUUUAUGAACUAAAUUAAUUAUUUAUAAUAAAUAUAUAUAUUUA